AGCUGCCGCAGUGAGAAUUUUUUUUCCGCCAUCUUGAAAACUCUUUCCAGAAGAACAGUGAGUCUAAGCUCGGUUGCAGUUGUCCAUCAUUCCAUUUUUAUAUUACUGUUUACCAAUUGGGGUUUUAAAAGGCAUAAUAUUCCAAACUUGAAAAAAUGGCUAACCGAAAUCUAAAGCAGGUCAAAAUCCAGAACAGCUCAUCGCCUCCAGGAAUUAAAAAUCAGAAGCGCGAGUCCGACUCGCCUGAUAAUAAGCAGGAGUCGAAAAUGUCUGCGGGAGAAGCAGGCGCCGGGGAACCCCUCGAGUUAGGACUAACUCUGGACCUAAAAAACUUCAAGAGGCCUGGCGAGAAGACAUUCACGCAGCGCUGCCGGCUCUAUGUCGGUAACCUACCAACUGACCUAACUGAGGAUGAUUUCAAGAUGCUAUUUGCAAAAUAUGGUGAAGCAAAUGAGGUGUUUAUCAAUCGUGACCGUGGCUUUGGCUUCAUUCGGCUGGAAACAAGGACUUUGGCUGAAAUUGCAAAAGCAGCACUAGAUGGAACUAUAGUAAAAAACAGACCGCUCCGUAUUCGAUUUGCUACCCAUGGUGCUGCUUUGACUGUCCGGAAUCUGUCGCCAGUCGUUUCCAAUGAGCUGCUUGAACAGGCCUUUUCUCAGUUUGGUCCUGUGGAGAGAGCAAUUGUCGUGGUAGAUGACCGUGGAAGGCCAACUGGGAAAGGCUUUGUAGAAUUUGCAUCUAAACCUGCAGCUCGAAAAGCCAUGGAUAGAUGUGCAGAGGGAGCAUACUUACUAACAACAUCACCCCGUCCUGCUAUUGUUGAGCCAAUGGAGCAGUUUGACGAUGAAGAUGGACUUCCAGAAAAAUUAAUGCAGAAAACACCACAGUAUCAUAAGGAAAGAGAGCAGCCCCCACGUUUUGCUCAGCCUGGUACAUUUGAGUUUGAAUAUUCAUCGCGAUGGAAGGCCCUUGAUGACAUGGAAAAGCAACAGCGUGAUCAGGUUGACAGAAAUAUCCGAGAAGCGAAAGAGAAACUUGAAGCUGAAAUGGAAGCUGCUCGUCAUGAACAUCAGCUCAUGCUAAUGAGACAAGAUCUUAUGAGGCGUCAGGAAGAGCUAAGGCGUUUGGAAGAACUGCGAAACCAAGAACUUCAGAAGCGGAAGCAGAUUGAAAUGAGACAUGAGGAAGAACGAAGACGACGUGAAGAAGAAAUGAUGCGACAGAGAGAGCAAGAGGAACUGAGGCGGCAACAAGAUGGCUUCAAGUCCAAUUUUAUGGAUAACCUAUGUCUGAAGACAACGCGUGUCCGCCCUCCACGUUAAUAAAUAUAGUUGGUGAACUGGAUGUCAUGAGCCAGCUCGAUCGCCCAAAACAGUGCAACAAACAUAUAUACCAACAAGUUGUUGAUGCCCUCUAGAACUGACCAAAUAAAAUUGCAAAUGAACGUAUUGGGAUUGUGUUUUAUUUGUUGGCAUCAUUAAUAUUUAACACAACGGUAAAUCCAACAGAACUUAAAAGAAAGGAGAGAAUCUCUGACUGAAUGAGCCUCCUCAAAUCACUGGUGUCCAAUUGAAACUGGCUUCUGAGGUAACCUUCUGUCUCGCAGGCAGCUACUGAUUCAUGAACACCAUUUUUUUUUUUGACAAGAGUUUGUGCAGGAUACAGCAGGCAGUGGCAGCAGGCAACUCCUGCUGCACUUCAGUCUGUUUCAUCGGUAUCCGCCACCUCCCUUUCAAGUGCCCACUACCCGUAUUUGCCCAUCCGUGGUGUUGAAUGCGUCCUUAGCAGCUGUCAGCCAUCCAGACGGGUAGGGUUUCAUAAGCCAGGGAAGUAGUAUACGCAGCAUAACCUGGUCCCCUAUAUGCUGUAUUGCCUGAAUGUACCUGUUCAUCAGUUUCAUUUUAUACCUCCGAGUUCAUUUUUAAUCAGUGAGUCGUAAGAUAAGUUAGUUGAAACAGUAUUCGCUAUGAGCGCCAUGACCACCCCACUAAUGACAUUUGAAAAACAAUUUGGGCAAGAGCAGUAAAACAUAUUAUUAAACCACCAAGCACUUGGUAUUAAGAAAUCGCAGCUUAAAAACAGCACAAGAACAUUAUGCAUAUCUCAUUUACAUAUGAACCCCCACCUUUCUCCUUGAUUUGCAUGGCGUCGGGUGAAAAGCCGCGUUUUCUCGAGUAAAAUAAAUGGAGCGAAUGGAAACCCGAAAACUAAAGGACUAUUCACACUAUAGCGUUUAUUCCCAUGAAAAAUCUAACCUAUACAAUUUUAAUAUAACUUUUCACACUUGGGAGUAAAUGCUAUACACAUUUUUUGGAACAGCGAUUCCCACCAUGUCCUAGUUUUGCAGUAUUCACAGUCACAACUAUUCUUCGGUUUGAAUGACGAGUUGAAGAAAUUAAAGAACUGUUGUCAGUCUGAUUUACUUGCAGCAAAGUUAUUUCCGCAUAUCACAGUAACAACACAGGAUGGUGCUGUUUUCUGUAACAAAGCCAGAAAGGAAGCUUUGAAUAAACUUUAUGAACACAUUGUGAACAAGUUACUGAACAAAUAGCACAAUCAGCUAAUCAGCAAAUAUUUGUAAUUACUAAAAUUUAUAUAUAUAUUUUUCUGAUUUAUAUAUGUUACAAAUUGUUCAGAAACCAUAUUGGCUAGAGGUACAGCUCCAUGUUGGUGAAGGAUUUAGGAUAUUGGAAAUAGAAGUGUUUUCUGCUAGGAUAAUGAAGCCUGAAGACUACCAAACCACAGAUUAAAUUAUGAGCAAACCGCAUUACUCAUAACAUAUAUAAAAAAAAAAAAAAAAGUUUGUAUUGGCAACAUAUUAUUUUUGUUUUAAAGUAUCAGUUUUCUAAUAACAAUAAAACCCUCAUAAGAGGGCUUUACCAGAUGUUUUUUUUGUUUUGUUUUAACAAUUUAAUCGUGAAGAAUUUUAGAACUGCAUUUCCUCCGCGAGCAGUCCAAUCAUAAGUGAGCGGGUCUUCAGUAGGUUUAACCAAUGGGAGAGUCAAAGAUCUGCCCCUUGUUAUGCAGGUGUCCAAUCAUGAAUGAGCAGAGGCGAGACAUACACUGUUGAAGGUAUUCUCCGUUUCAGUUGAAGAUCUUGGGAGUUUAACCAAUGGGAAAGUCAAAGAACUGCCCUGGUUUUGAAGUUGUCCAAUUAUUAGUGAGCAGAGGCAGGACAUAAAUAUGCUAGGGUAAGCAGUGUAAGAAUAGCUGAAUUUCUUAGGAUAUUGCUUAUAGAGACGUUAUUGACAAUUAUAUUGAGAACUUCAAAGUAAUAUUUAAAAUUGCUUUUUACAAAUAAAAUAAAAAAAAUCAUCAGACGACAGAGACAUCCUAGUCGAUUUGGUUACGAAUCAAUUUUCAGUAAGAACUUUCUCAGAAAUAUUGGAGAUUAUUAAAAAAGGGAGUUAUACACCACAAAUACCCAAACUGACACAGGAAGGGAAGGGAUAUACUCACCUUUUCCAAAAUUCAAAUUAUGAAAGGUAUUCGUGGCUUACCGGUAGCUGUCAAUUAAAAAAAUAUAUGUAUUUUUUGUUCAGUACAGAAAAGGUGAUAUGGAACAGCACUGGCCACUGCAAUCUAGGAUGUCUGUCAAAGUCAGCACAAAAACAUGAACGUUCCCAGAGUCACCUGCGAGCCACUAUUCUUUAAAUGCUAGAAUUACUUUAUUUCAUUUCUGACUAGGAGAGCAUGUUAAGCAGUCAAUUCUCAGGUACCUCGAACAAGAACUGGCAGUGGCCCGAAAGAACGGUUCUUCUGUGAAAAUGUGUUGCAUCUACUAAAAUAAAAAUCAUAAUUGGGCUUAUUUAUUUAUUUUUUUUUAUUAUUUUUUUUUUUUUUUAGAUUCUGUUGAUUUUUUUAGUAUUACUAUGUAGGACAGCCGCUACAAGAUCGUUACCUUUAUAAAAAAUGUGCACGGAUUAAUCUAACGAUUAAUCAAUUAAUGGCCAUAAAUUAACCAAUCAACAUAUUUAAUCGAGUAACAGUCCUAAUUUAUAUUAGAUAUAUAUUAAUCAGAUUGAGGUAAAGCUGUUAUAAAAUCAACAGAUUUAAAAAUAAAUAAAUAGAAAAAAAUACUACUUAAUUGUUUUGUUGUACCCAAAUAUUAAAUUAAAAGUAAGAAAUUCCCUUUUAAUUGAAUCGAAUCAGAUAGCUACAGCAGCAUCAGCUUAUUACAGUAAUUAGAAUAUCAACAAUAAGUACAUCCAUCCUUGUAAACCCACUAUAAAAUUGCAAAAAUAUAUAUAUUUCACAGUUUAUGUGGGCAUUUUACAAGAAUAAGAAUUGCAUACAUUAAACUUAACCUAUUUUAUUUAUUUAUUUAUUUAUUUAUUUAUUUAUUUUUUUAGCCACUGGCUCUUUUUGCAUUUCUCGGGUUGUUCCAUUAAAAAAAAAAUCACUUUCUAUAUAUUAAAAUCUGUCUAACCCAUCCCAUCUACAUACCAGCAUUCUCUAUAGUUCGGCAUGAUGUUUGUGUCCUGACCAAUGCCCUAUUGAAUAGUGUGAUAUUCGCUACAAUCCGGAACCUGUCUAUUCUGGAAUCCGGCAUGAUUUUUAAGUCUCUGAUUCCUAAAAUCAAUGUAAAUCUGUGUCAUGUGAUUCUUCUUUUAAAAACUAGUACAAAAACCAAAACAAAAGCAAGAUGUUGCAUAUAUACUCAGUUGUCUGGCCUUUGCCAUUCUGAAUUGUAUAGUUGUUGAACAGCUAAUAAAAUGUCUAAACAUCCACACAACAAACUAUCUCUUGAAAUAAAAUUUGCACUUAUUAAAAAAAGUUUCCCAAAACCAUCACAAAAAGAGCAAAGUGAAAAAUGAAUAAUCACAAGGCAAACCGUUUGAGACAUUCUGAAAAGAAAAGAUGUCUUUAAAAGUAACACAGAGAAAAGCUGAAUGGCAGCAGAAAGCACCUGAAUCCAGCAUGCAUAUACAGCACAGUCACUUUGACUUCAGUGACAGUUAAACAAAUGUGAUGCAUAUCUGAUUAUUUCAUUUCGGCCCGUUCCAACAAUUGUACGUUUUUUCAGGGAACACAAAAAAGAUACAAUGUCAAAAAUACAUAGCUGAAAGGACUGUUUUAAAAUAAGGAGGCAUCUAUUUAGAUGUACUGUAGUUGGUACAGUACUAUGUUUUCAACAGAAGUAUUUUAAUUCAGAACGAUACGAUUCUGAAAAUAUCACUUGCCAAAAGAGACGACUGUGGACACAGUAAUACAGUACAUACUUUUAAAUCCAAUAAGUAUUGUAGCAGUAUGUAAGAUUCCUCGUUACCGACCCAACAGCAAAAUUAAAUUAAAAUGUUACCCAUCACAGAUUAAUCACAGAUUUAAAAAAAAAAAAAAAAAAUGCAUCACAUUAUUUAAAACUGUUUAACGAUUAACUUUUACAUUACCAUAGCUUAUCUCGUUCGCUUUGUUUUUGCUGAAUUUUCGUCAUGUGAAAUUGGAGGAGGAGCUGUGUAAAGACAGACUGAUUUGGCAUACGAGGAUAAAAAAGUACAUUGUAACAUUGAGAGGGGCUUUGUAUCAGAAAACUGGUGACGGAGUCGGAAAUCGCGUGUGACGGGUAAGUGCACUAAUUUGUUAAAUAUAUAUAUAAUGGGGAUUGAUUUUAUUCUUAAUACAAGGGCGGUAAAACACGACUGACGUGUAUCUGGGUAAAGGAUAUCCAAGUGUUGACUGUAUGAACAUCUUUCUAUGGGAAUGGUUUAAACGGAUAACAGGUAAUUUUGUUUAGGCAUUGUUGUGUUUUAAAGUUUGCUUAAUGGGUAUGUACAGUAAUUAUAUAUAAUUGUAUUUAUUAUGUUAAUUGUUUUAAAUAGUUUUGUCAUUUUACCUUUUUUAGUUGGUGUUAGAUUUUUUACAGUAACUCUGUAAUCUAGCACACUUGCCUAAUCAUCUGGCACAAAUUUCAUGUUAAUGUUUCAGUCUGUGAAGGGCAGGAGCGAGGGAUUUAACCUGCUGGCAGUGCAAUCAAUUACUUGUGUUAAAGGCACAGUAGCAUCUGCAAGACCGGCAGCCCUGAGUUUUUCAGCUGGGCGGCACCAGUUCUUGGGGGUGACCCGCCUGGCUGAAAAGGCCAUAAUGUAACAAAAGCACCCAUGUUUUCAAUCCUAAUUGGGUUUGCAGGUAUAAUGCGAUAUAUGUAACCUAUUGGGAAUGUUCCUGCAGUAAAUUGGAGGAUGUAGCAGGAAGGUGAAAUUUAUAUUUUGUUUUCUCAUUCAGGAUUAAUCAGAGUAUUUUAAAGUGUUAAUUGUUCUGCAGGGUAAGGAGAGUUUUUAGUAUUUUAAGUGUAAUUUUAAUCUUCUUUUGGGGGGAUGCAUGUUUUAUUGUGUGGUGAGGCGAAUAUGAAGAGUAUGUGCAUUUGAAGGGUAAGGUUCAUGACCUACCUAUAAUGUCCCCACACAUAUGAAGUUCUCAAAAUUUAAAUGGACAAUAUGUUGUGUAUUCUAACCAUUAUAUUUAAUUUUGUAUUCCUUUCCAGUCCUCCAUGUUACAGUGACAUGGGGUUGGCUCACAGUUUCUCUAAAAUCUUGAGAGAAAUCAUUUAUUAAUAUAAUUGUGCUGAAUAGCAAAGACCCAGUACCUCUUAUAUAGACAAGAACAUCUGCUGGCUCAUCACCUGUUAGGUACCCAUAAAAUUACAAUGUUAACUGUUAAUCAGUGAAAACUUAAGAGGUGGUCUUAGUGUAUGUACUAUAGUGGUGCAAUCGGCAACCUCAUUUCUUAAUUGAUUAUCACAUAGGCAUUUGUCAACAAUACUCGAUGCAUCAACAGCUUUUUAUUUUUCAAUAUCAAGAAUAAACAUUAUAAUUUUUAUCAGAAGCUCUAAUAACUAAAAACACUGCUGUGCAUAAGUUAAACAGCAAAGCACAACAUACAUUCAAAUGAGAACACUUUAGAUAAAAAAAAAAAUAGUACUUGCGUUCAGGUAACAACUGAAUGUUCCUCACCUUGUGUCUUUAAGACAUUAUUAAUAAUACAUUAAUACUGUUGUGUGUGUGUUUUUCUUUUUUUUUAAAACAGCAGUAAUUUCGAUCUGAAAUAUGCUUGUUAAUUAACAUUACUGUUAACAUCAUGUCAAAAGCAUUUACUGUCUACACAAAAUCCAAUAAUUUGUCUUUCUUUUACCCCAUAACUUGUCAAUCUUUUUGUCAGAUUCUUCUAUUUGAGCUUUAAUUCUUAAAUCAGGAAAAUGAAAAUUAAAAUUAACUGAUGUGACUUGUCCAACACGAAUCCAGAGGCCGAAAGGUUGUAUAUUAGCAACGCGCAGUCGUUGGCUACCUACCAUACUAGCAUUAAUGUAAGACAGGACACACAACUGGAAAUGGGAGACUUCAAACCUGCUUGCCCCCCACACCCACACACAGAGUAAUUUAGAGCUUUCAAGAUUGUGUACAAUGUAUUACAAAAUAAAUGCAUCCCAUCAUUUCCAAUGCCAUAGGUGCUGGAUAAGCAGUACAUGAUUAAAACCAACAAAAGAAAAGAAUACAUUUGUGCUAGCCUCAUGCUAUGUGAUUAAAUGUUCAUGUAAACAUUUUUCCCGCUGUGUCUGAGAGGCAAAUUAUUGAAUGUGCUCGAGACUGACUGUCUUUUUAAGUGUGUAGUGUGAUACAGCAUCAGUCCUUGAUUAUUUUCAGUACAAAAAAUCCAUAGAGGAAAAACAAUCCAGUUAUACCUUUACUUUGGAUUUAUAGACUCAAUUGAUUUUUUUUUUAAAUAAUUGUUUUAUUUAAAAAAUCAAAUGUUUCCUUAAUUCCAUUUUUUUUUUUUUUACCAAUAGCAAGGUUUAAUUUAUUUAUCCUGUCAGAGCAACCUUCUGGUGCAGCUCUGGUUGCUGAUCAGAAAAGCACUCUGGUUUGUCCUUUGUGGCAUUGGGUUGAGUAAUGAUGGUUACUAUUACUUUUAUAAUUAUAAUUCUACUUUAUGGGGCCUAUUGUCCAUUCUAUUAGAAAGGAAUAUUCCGUAAUACCUGAAAGCUUAAAUGUUUCUAUUUCUAUACAACAACAUCACAGUAACGUCCCGGAAAGGUGUGUGCAUGCAAAUAAAAAGACUAGUAGACAAAAAAUAUGAACAUAGUGUCUCAAAAAGUAAUGCAUGAAUAAUCCAUUUUUAUUAUGGGCGUCCGUUUUGAGAACCUACUAAGAUACAUUUUGUAGUGUCCUUAAUCUUGAAUAUGAAUGUUUUUGAGACCAGAAAAAAAUACAUUAAUACAUUUCUGUUGUAUGUUUUGUAUGUUCUUUUUGUUCCAAAUAUGUGGUACAGUGUUCCCUCGUAAGCAAAACACUGGUUGCAUGCUCUCACCUGUGGCUGUUCGCUACAUUAUUAUAAAGGAGGAGACCUGUACAUAAUACAUGAGGCUAUCUAGAUUUAUUUAAGUAAUUUGUGGGGUGGGAGGUAGAUUGACAUUAUAAUAAACAACUGUACUGUUUUUCCCCUCUUUAUAGAAACAUAAGACACUUGAAUUAAUGUUAGAAUGCCAGAAACACAGGGGGCUCCCGAGUGGCGCAUCCAGUAAAAGCGCUCCGCUUGGAGUGCAGGAUGCGCCCUAUAGCCUGGUGAUCGCAGGUUUGAAUCCAGGCUAUGUCACAGCCGACCGUGACUGGGGGUUCCUAGGGGGUGGCACACAAUUAGCCGAAUGCCGCCCGGGUAGGGAGGGCUAAGGUUGGCAGAGGAAUCCAUGGUUCACCGCGCACCAGCGACCCCUGUGGCCGAUAGGUCACCUGUGGUUCUGCAGUGGAGCCGCCAGAUCUGUGUUGUCCUCCAGCACUAUAGGACUGGUGGCUUCACUGUGGAUCCGUGCGAAAAAUGACGGAUUGGCAGGAGCACGUGUUAGAGGACGCGUGUUCCAGCUGCCGUUUCCCGAGUCUGCGGGGGGGUUGCGAGCGGUGAGCCGAGGUUACAGAUAAUAAUAAUUGGGCAUACAAAAUUGAGGAAAAAACCGGGGUAAAAAAUUGGCGACGACUAAAUUUAAAGCAAAAAAAAAAAAAAAAAAAUAA